GAGAGGGAGGGACCCCCGGGAGGACAAGCCUUUCCGGCGGUCAGGGCAAGAUGUGAGUCCGGACACUUCUGCACUUGGAGACGGGAGCCAUGGCUCUGCACGGCAUUUCGGUGCUAGAGCUGGCUGGCCUGGCCCCGGGCCCGUACUGCGGCAUGGUCCUGGCUGACUUCGGGGCGCAGGUGGUGCGUGUGGACCGGCUGGGUGCCCGCGGGGACUUGAGCUUCUUGGCCCGGGGCAAGCGCUCCCUGGCAGUGGACCUGAAGCGGCCGCAGGGGGCGGCUGUGGUGCGGCGCCUUUGCGCCCGGACGGAUGUGGUGCUGGAGCCCUUCCGCCACGGUGUCAUGGAGAAACUCCAGCUAGGCCCAGAGGUUCUGCGGAAGGAGAAUCCAAAGCUUAUCUAUGCCAGAUUGAGUGGAUUUGGCCAGUCCGGAAGAUUCUCUAAAGUAGCAGGCCAUGACAUCAACUAUUUGGCUUUGUCAGGUGUCCUGUCAAAAAUUGGCAGAAGUGGUGAGAAUCCAUUUCCCCCACUGAAUCUACUGGCUGACUUUGGUGGUGGUGGCCUCAUGUGCACACUGGGCAUCCUGUUGGCUCUAUUUGAACGCACGCGCUCUGGCAAAGGUCAGGUCAUUGACGUAAGCAUGGUGGAAGGAACCGCAUACCUGAGUUCUUUUCUGUGGAAAUCUCAAGAAACAGGACUGUGGGAAAAACCUCGAGGACAGAACUUACUAGAUGGUGGAGCACCUUUCUACACAACUUACAAGACGGCAGAUGGGGGCUUCAUGGCUGUUGGAGCGUUAGAGCCCCAGUUCUACAAGCUGCUGAUCAAAGGACUUGGGCUAGAGUCUGAUGACCUUCCUCAUCAGAUGAGCAUGAGUGAUUGGCCAGAAAUGAAGAAGAGAUUUGCAGAUGUAUUUGCAAAGAAGACAAAGGCAGAGUGGUGUCAGGUCUUCGACGGCACAGAUGCAUGUGUGACCCCAGUUCUGAUUGAAGAGGUUGCCCACCACGAUCAUAACAAAGAACGGGGCUCGUUUCUCACUGAUGCGGAGCAGGGUGUGAGUCCCCGCCCUGCACCGCUGCUGUCAGACACCCCAGCUGUCCCUUCAUCCAGAAGGGAUCCUUUUGUAGGAGAACAUACUGAAGAGAUACUUCGAGAAUUGAGGUUCAGCCAGGAAGAGAUCAAUCAGCUUACCUUAGAUAAAAUUAUUGAAAGUAAUAAGCCCAGAGCUCAUCUCUAAGUUCCAGACCUCCUGUGAAUUGAAUUUGAAUAUUCAAUUUGAAUGAAUUUGAAUUUGAAUAUUACAUGUUCGAUAUAGAAUAAUACAUAAAAUUCUAAGUAUGGAAACAUGAAGGAACAGUGGAUCAACUGUUCUAAUCAAGAAACAAGACUGAUUACUGAUUGAAUUCUGAAAAUGGUUAACAUCAUGGCUUUUGAUUUAGGAAUGUUUUCAGUUUACCACUAUUAAAUGGUAACAGUUUUUCUGCCUUUCAAUUUGAUAGAUUAUAUUUUAAUAUUAAAAUGUUAAUUGGGUACCUGAGUGGCUCAGUCAAGCAUCUGCCUUUGGUUCAGGUCAUGAUCUCAAGGUCCUGGGGUCAAGCCCUGCCCACAUCAGGCUCUCUGCUCAGCAGGGAGCCUGCUUCUUCCUCUCUCUGUGGGCACACAUGCCUUCACAUGCAAGCUCGUGCACAUGUGCGCGCACUCUCUCUAUCAGCUCAUUAUCUCUUGCUUGUUCUCAAAUAAAAUCUUUAAAAAAAAAAUGUUAACAAUGUACCUUAAAUGAAUAAAUAUAAUGCUUUUUAUUAAAUAAAGCCUUUUCUCUCCUAAAGUUUAAUUAUGCGUUUAAGUUUGUGAAAAGCUUUUAAGAAAGUCCUUUAAAUAGCCCUUAAAAACCAUUUUGUAGCUCAUUGAAAUAACUUUGUCUCUACUAUUUACCAAAAUGAAGUCCUUAGAUA